AUGGAGCGAUUUGGGACUAUAAAUGAGCCAGAAGUAGUCGGCCAACACUGCGAACAUGAGCGGAUCACCAGGGCGGCAUUUGCUUGCCCUCCAGGUAUCAAGGUAUCGGAUGGCCGAUGCUUCGAAGAGCUGAGCCUUCACCAGCUAGCAGGAAGAUCAGGACCGGAAGGCCAUGUAGGAUGGGGUACCAACGGAGCAGUUGGUGCUCCGGACAUGUUAGACCCAAUCCCGGAAGGUCCAGAGGCUCACUGCGACAAUGCUGAUUUCCUAGACGCAGAAGCGCACGGGCUAGGCAUUGCAUACCCACGCACGCGCGAGGAAGCUACAGCACAACUACAGACCUGCACGAAUCAUAUGCGCCUAAGGUUCCUUGAGGGCGUAGAUGCGGCGGAUAAGAUUGUAGACCAAAAUGCACGGAUCGUUACGCCUGAAGUUGAUAUCUCGGGCAGUGAUUGCCGCUUCUCAUUCCCGGAGCUCCAGAUGCACUGGUUCUCGAGGGGCAAAUGCUCCGCUAUCGAGGGCUUCGGUAGAGCUUUGCACGGAAUUCAAGACUUCUAUGCACAUAGCAACUGGGCCGAUGAGGCGAAGCCACCUUAUGGACUGACUAACCCACCAGGCCUGAAGCUUGACGGUAGUCCCGUGUUUCUGGAUUUGCGCGCAGAGAACAACAUCACUGACCAGGUGCCUCAUGAUUUAUCUACAGGCUGCUUCGGUGGCAUCAUGACAGAUGGCCCAGAAGGCAAAGCGGGACAUCCUCUAGAGCCCGGCUCGCUCGACUGCAGAGGCCGGGUCACUCACCACACGCUCAACAAGGACAAUGGAAUUGUUGACUGGGUCACUGGGAAGACGACCAAGCCCGGUCCGAACACCCCACGGAGCGACGUACCGGGUAAUUUUGAGCGGGCAGUUAGUGCAGCUAUCAAGGACUCCAGGCGGCAGUGGCGUUACUUCCGCGAGCAGAUCCGCAGGACGUACGGGAAAGAGAGGGGCAACAUCAUCAUUUGCGCGUUGAUUCGCGAUGAUCCAACGCAGGACUGCUAUGGGCGAAGGGUCGCCAUCCUACAAGAUGCGCUACGAAACACGAGCAGAAUCGCAGAGAUGCAGAUCCCCAUCCAGGCCUGGCUUCUGCAAGAGAUCGAAGGGAGUGCGCAUGACGAGGGACCUGGCGAAGGCGUGACUCCUCAGAAUUCUACAAAGAGCAUGGGAUCGAGCGGUCAGCUGGAAGAGGAAGAGGCUGAUGAUAAGGGGCACCUUGUGGAGCACUUACAUCAUCCUACACAUGACGGUCUUGAUGUCGGCGGCGCGUUCAAAGCUCUCCGCCACAACGCAACUACCUUCCCUACCAACAAGACUGCCAUCAUAGCGCUGACCAAGACACGAAACCUGCACCUUGACGAGCAGAUCGCGCACGUAUGGCACGCCGGAGACGAAGGCAUCCGCGUUCACUUUGGACUCCUUCCACCUCCACGCUAUCCAUCAGAAGCACCAGAGACAAUCGACGAAGACGCAGCAACGAUCAAGGCGAAAGAGCAAGACCUCAUCACCAGCGUCCUCCGCACAGGCGGAACCUACAGUAUCCUCCAAAACGAAGAAGCAGUACCAAGUUUCUUAGACCACGUGGUCUCGCGCGGCCUCACGCAGUACGACAACGCCAGGGACACCGCUACUCUACUCCCUGCUGGUCUUUCUAUCAGCGACUACGUAACUCCCGAGUCUGAGCCCCGCCGCUUCUCUUUCGACGCGAGUGAGCUCGAUAACGCUAUUAUCUCCGUCCACUCCAUCACGCACAAGCUCUCGCUGCACGUGGCCAUGCGACACGUCCGCAGGAAUGAGGUCGUCAAGGAGCUUGACAUUGGUCUGAAUGGCAACGCAACGUUUAGAGCUAAGCUGGGAAUCGGCGACAUACCGCGUACAGAUGCGUGGUUCGAGCUGGAAGUAUCGCAUGCCGAGGGAAGUGGGUUUGUUGGCAGCGGUCUGUUUGAGGUCAGCAUCGAGACGGAGAACGUGGAGUCGUAUCAUUCUUCCAAGGCGAAAGGAGAGGUUCCUGCGGUUGAGAAGGAAGCUGAUGGACCUGUGCACAAUGAACUAUAG